AGAAGCCGCCGAGUAUUUAGACGGUUACAUGGCCGGAGCCGACGGGCGAGCGCAGAAAGUAUCGAGAGUCAUUUGUAUCUUUGAACGCCAUUCAGGAGAUGUUUUAUGGAGACAUACCGAGAUCAAUAUUCCUGGAAAAGUGACGUGGGGAACCCGAGAGUAGUUUGGUGGUUAGGAUGGUGGCAACUGUUGGAAAUUAUGACUAUGUUCUUGACUGGGAAUUCAAAAGAAGUGGCUCUAUUAAAAUUGGGGUUGCUUUAACGGGGCUUUUGGAGGUUAAGGCCACACCCUACAGAAAUAACAUGGAUAUAACCCAACAAACAUUCGGAACUUUAAUCGCCGACAACACAGUCGCCGUCAACCACGACCACUACCUAACCUAUUACCUCGACCUUGAUGUCGAUGGCGCCGCCAACUCCUUCGUCAAAGCCAAGUUGAUAACCGCAAGGACGGCGGACGUCAAUACCACGUCACCCAGGAAAAGUUACUGGAAAAUUAUCCGACAAACCAUCGAAACCGAAACUGAAGCUAAGCUUCAGCUCGGCUCCGACCCAGCUGAGCUCUUGUUCAUCAACCCCAAUAAGAAGACAAAGAUUGGGAAUCCGGUUGGUUAUCGGCUCAUCACCGGUCAACCAGUUAAUUCUCUACUGGCUGACGAUGAUUACCCUCAGAUCAGAGCGGCUUACACCAAGUACCCAUUGUGGGUCACUCCUUAUAAUAAGUCGGAGAGAUGGCCGGCCGGAUUUUAUGCCGAUCGGAGCCAUGGUGAUGAUGGCUUAGCCGUCUGGGCCAAAAGAAACAGGAGAAUUGAUAAUAGAGAUAUUGUUUUAUGGUACACCGUAGGUUUCCAUCAUAGCCCUUGCCAGGAAGAAUUUCCGGCGAUGGCCGCCCUCCACGGUGGCUUCGAACUCCGGCCAGCUAAUUAUUUUGAUAGAAACCCUUUACUUAAAUGAUCAAUUCAAAUUGCAUUGUUCUGAUGGAAGAUCCAAUUAACUUACAAAACUCUAUUUAAAAGAAAUUUACGGUUCUUUUGGAGCCUUGUAAAGAAUAAUAAGUGAAACCAUUGAUUGAAUAAAACCAUGUCAAGUGUUCGUAUUCUC